AUGUCUCCACUUCGUGUCAGCGACUCAAAAACAGACUCCUCAACCAAAAACACCACUACUUCCUCCCCACCACCCUCCUUCAGGAAGUUUGAGCGCUAUUUCACCUCUCUCGUCGGUAUCGCGCGCCAAACCAUCAACCCGGUCUACACUACUACACACCGCCCCUCGACGUUCUUAGCCAUAGACAAAUUACUUAAUAUUCAAGACCGACUCGACGUCUUCUUCGCGAAGUGUCCGGAUUAUGAUUGGGUGGGCGACGCAUCUUAUCGGCUUGUGUUAGAGAUGCAGAUUUUGAUGAGGAUGGUAGAGAUUGCGCUGGCGUUGAGACAUAGUAAGAUCGCCUGGCCUCAGGCAUGCGGUAGUGGGGAGGAGGCAAAGGCCAUGCAGAAGGGCGCUUAUGAACACGUUGAGGUGUUGGUAUUUGCUAGGGAAAGAAUGAGAAAGAAGGAUAUGCUGUGGAUGUAG